CUCCUCGCCGCCUCUCUCCUCCCUCCCCCGGUCCCGCACCGCCCCCUAGCGCCUCUCGCCGUCUCCGCAGCCCCGCGGCGUCGCUCUGCGCCCCGACUCGGCACGCUCGCUGCCUCCCUCGCCAUGGCGGCCUCCACGCUCAAGCCCGUGCUCUACUCCUACUUCAGGAGUUCGUGCGCUUGGCGCGUCCGGAUUGCCCUGGCGUACAAAGGCAUCGAGUAUGACCAGAUUCCUGUCAACCUCCUCAAAGGCGAGCAGCUGACAGAUGAUUUCCGUAAAAAGAACCCGAUGGGACAGAUUCCAGCGCUCGACAUCGACGGAAUAAUUCUCUCACAGUCGCUGGCGAUAAUCGAGUACCUGGAGGAGACGCGGGAAGGCCCUGCCCUCCUACCCAAGGAGCCAGGGAAGCGAGCCCUCGUCCGCAUGAUCUCGGAAACCAUUGUCACCGGCAUCCAGCCGCUACAGAACCUGACCGUGCUGAAGUACUUGGGGGAGGCGAGGAAGGAGGAGUGGGCCCAGAACUUCAUCACCAAGGGUUUCCAGGCCGUGGAGCAGAUGUUGCAGAAGACGGCCGGCAAGUACUGCGUCGGAGACGAGGUGACCAUGGCCGACCUGUGCCUCGUGCCACAGGUGUACAACGCCACCAGGUUCAAGGUGGACCUAGCGGCGUUCCCCACGUUGCGGAGAGUGCACGGAGCGCUGGAGCAGCUGGAGGCCUUCCGCGUCGCCCACGCCGCCCGCCAGCCCGACACUCCCCCCGAGCUGCGCCAGCCGUGAAACCGGCGCCACCGGGAGAUUCCACCGGCGAUGAGAUGGACACCGCCGUAGCGUUCACCAGCAAUGAGAAUGACCCCAUAGUGAUAUUCGGAAGCCCCAAGACCAAUAGCCACCGAGUAAACACUCAUUAAUUGGCUGACAAAAAAAAUCUUAAUAUGUAGAGGACCACAGAACUUUGGCAAUCGUUGGUACCAGCUCACCCACACAGCUACCGCUCCUGGCUUGUCCGUGGUUGCUCGCGUCUCUGAGUCGUUCUCUCUUUGAGAGUGACGACUGUGCGGCGCAUUCCAAGUUGAAAUAUAUUUUUGAGGUGCACCAGAUAGGAAAUGGGCCAAAAGAAGUCAAGGUUUUGGUUGGGACGUACGGGCCACUGAUAUGUUCACGUGCCUCUUUGCGUGCGCGAGUAAUAUGCAUGUGUAGCUGUGUAUAGGGAGCAGUGGUUAGUGCAUUUCUGGCCACGGGUAAUGUCAGUGGAGAUUGAUAUAAGAAACGGUCCUGCGCCUCACCUAGGUCGACUCGGCGUUAAAUUAGUACCUGGUGUGUGCAAACAGCAUUCGGGAAACAAAGGCGGCCGAAUAUGCGUCUCGCCACACCACCCCUUCAAGCGCCGUACCAGUCUUGAUAGAUGUUCCAAAACAGCUCUUGGUUCAGUGCCCUGUGUAGGCGCUAGGGGAUCCCUGUCAUUUGUCGAUGUGCAUGUGUGUGCAUUUUGUGGUAUUUUUUGGAAAUUAGAUUCACGGUGGAGGAGUCACCACCCACCGUGCAUCUGGACCACCAGGGCCCUCGUUUUCCGCCGUGGUGAAUGCGAGCGCUCCACUGGGGGCGUCAUCUGCUGACCAACGUCAGACUUUCCCUCGAUGACCCAUUGCCCACGCCGCGCCACAGUAACCCAGAACAUCUGGGGUUCGUUCUGUGGCCUUGCCAGGCGAGCCUUCGACGCUUUUUUGGCCAGCUUCAAAAGUGCUGGCGCAAGAGCCCCCCUGGGUGAUGUCACCGCCACUUGGGUGGCGAACGACGGCCGUUACGUGCGCGUCUGCGGUUCCACCAUCCACAGAGCCGCGACGCACAACCGCUGUGUGGUGUGAGCCACACUCAGUCCAAGCGAUGAGGAACAAAAUAAAGAUACAGGCAUUACACCUCCUAUCCGUCCCUCCACGUAGAACACUUCUACACAUUCCAUCAGUGGCGUAUCAGUCUGGCUGUGUAUAAUUUCAACCGCAUUGGUUCAACACAAACUGGAUUAGUUUUGAUGUUCAGUGUCUCAUCGGCGGGUCGGUCUUGCUUCAACCGAUGCUGGUGAACUGUGAGAUGUCUAUAGGGGACCCUCCCUGUUAGAUAUGGAUCCGUGUUUAACGCAAAACUAUGAAAUAGUUAAGACAAUGAUUAGCAUUGCUGUGGAAAACACUGUAUUACAAAGUAGCCUUAGCUGAACCAGCAAUGGUGAUGUCUGUUACCUGUGCCCUAACUGCCAAGGAACCUAAUCUCUAGAAAUCCGUGAGCUCACAACCAAUCGAGUGCAUUGAUUUAAUAGCAAUCGGCAAAUGAGCCAUCCAUCUAUUAUUGGGCUAAUCCCUUUCGUUGUCAAUAACGCUGCCUUAGAAAGAAACAUAUCCAUAAAGGGUGACAUUUAUGGAAGUGGCCGUUGUGCAUAACGCAUAGGCCAGAGAGCUAGAGUCAAUAAGUGAUGUUGCUACAUCCAGAAAUACCACUCAGCUAGCCAGCAAGUAAGCAACGCGUAUUCAGUCGACCCUUAUCAAGACGGAUGGCAGCUAACUUGAUCGUCACUUAUUGUUUUGGAGACUUUGGUAAUGGUGGAGGUAGCACGGUUGGUGACGCUUAUAGGGGGCGAUUUCGACUAAUAGCUUAACGGUUAGAAAAGGAAGCUUUCGCUACCAUACUAAUCGAACCUUUCAUUGUCUUUAUCGUCAACCCAUUAAAGUGACCUUCACAUGUGAAACUGGA